GCUGCGGAGCCUGCCAGAUCCCUCCCUGGAUUGCCCAUAGUGAGUUGUGCGCCACAAGCUUAGUCCUCUUUUGGAAAGACAUUUGCUGGGGUUCCUCUGUCUGCAGAGGCUGGCACAAGAGUUUGAUGAGGCAAGAACUGCCCCAUUCUUGCUGGAGGUGCCAUAGGAACCAGGGGCCCUACCCCAGAAUUCAGGCCGUGCACGAAACCAUCCUAAAUAACAAAUUCCUCAUCGUGCGGACCAAGGAGCUGAUGUGGAGAAGGGAAGAUAGCCAGCGAUUUUACCAGGAGCACUCAGGGCGAUUUUUCUAUCAGAGGCUGGUGGAGUUCAUGGCCAGUGGCCCAAUGCGGGCUUAUAUCCUAGCCCAUGAAGAUGCUGUUGCACGCUGGAGGUCUCUCAUGGGACCCACCAAAGUGUACCGAGCCCGAAACACAGCUCCAGACUCCAUCCGAGGAGCCUAUGGCCUCACUGACACGAGGAACGCCACACAUGGCUCAGACUCGGUGGCAUCGGCCCGUAGAGAAAUUGCCCUCUUCUUCCCAGAGUUCAGCGAGAGUCUCUGGUACCAGCAGGACGAGCCACAUCUGCGCUGCGGCCUGGCACGCUACGACGCAGAGGAGCGUGUUCACAGCCUACCCAAGGCUGGCAGGACAGAGUCAUCCUAGAGCAGAGGGGGAGACUUACCAUUGACUAACCCCCUUGGAGAUGGUGAGGGGGCAUUGCCUUCCAUGCAGGAAGUGCUGCUAGCAGCACCAGCUGGACUAUCCCUGUAACAAGGACAGGGAGCUAUGUAAUGUCUGUUACAGUGGGCGAAUACCAGAUGCAAUACACAUUACACCACGCUCUGGGGGAGUGUCUCACUUACCUCUGGCUGCACGUGUAGCACCUAGAUAGCAUGGAUGCUACAGACAAACCUCAGAUACCAGCAGGAAUCCAUUGAACUUCAGAAUGGCAGAGGAACCCCAGCCUGCUAUUCACCAGCACUGAGUGUGCUCGCAUAUAAGCUGGGUGCAGUGGGGACGGGGGGCUGCCCCCACAGGGCACAGCUGUGUGCAGGGGUGAGAGCACGGGUGUCGGUGAUGAGGAUGAGUGUGGAAUAUCUCUGUGAAGCGCAAAGCCGAUCCCACUGCCUUGCCCACAUGCACUCUGGAUGUUCAUUACCAGCGACAAUCUUCCUUGCUUAUCUAGUGCUUUCGUCUGUAAAGCAUUUCUCCAACACAGCCAUGGUGUGCUGCAGUAAUAAAGCUUUCUUUGCUGCAGGCAUUUUCAUUGACAGAGCUUGCAGAGGACAGAGUGGAUCAGCUGGCAUGGCCGAGCCAGAUCACAGAGAUACCUCUGUGUUACAUGGGAGACACAACUUCACCUGUAGGGUGCUGGUUUCAGCCUAGGCCCAGGGUGGUGGGAUGCAACGCAUCAGGGUAAGAGCCUGUGGUUGAGCUCACUGACCUUCGGCGCACCCCCUAGCAUCAGUGGCACUAUCUUUAGCUCCAGCAGUUCUUACUCCCCACCUGCCUAUGGCACCAGCUCUUAUGUGUCUCAACCCUCCACCCAAGUCCCCUAAGGUCAGACCCCUUCUGGGGUAUCAUGAACAAGUCCAAACAAAAUUGAAUAGUAGUUCUGCCCUCUUGGGCUACUGAAAUCGUCUCUUCUCUACUUAAAGACCCUAUCUUGGGGCUUCCCUUGCAGGAGCCUAUGCUUCCCCUGUAGCCCACUACCCCCAUUCUCUGUCUGUGUACCCUAACCCAGCGCUUCUCUCAGAAAGACCUGUCUCCUCUGCUGUUUCUCCCUCAAUUGAGCUCCCUCAGUCUACUUUAUUAUGGCUUAGCUCUGCACCCUCUGACCAGGAGCCAGUUAGCUAUCCACCUCCCUGAGUGUAAAGCAUGACAA